AUGUCGCUCCUGCUUGCCAGCCACACAUGGUGCCUUCAGAGCGGCAUGGCUGAGAUUGCCUGUCGCUGGAAUGCGAUAGCAGGCCUGAUUUGGCACGAUCUUGUGAGAAUGGGUAAUUUAGAUCCGCUGCAAAGAAAUGUUCUUGCCAGAGUUGGAAAAGCAAUCGAACUCCAGAACGCAGUCCUUAGCAUGCUGCACUACAAGCCACCGACUGCCUCUGCUGGCUUCCAGAGUUUGCCUGGCGAUCUUCAGCACGAGGUUUUGAGCCCCGGAUGGAUUAGCGUUAACUCCCCAACUAAUUUGCCAACUGAUUUCUUCUCAUUAUUUAUGCCUUUGGUUCAACCUUUACAGAAAGUCACCACCUCGUCCCACGACUCAUCGGCUCUAGAUGAGAUUCGAGAUGAGCUGGAGGCAUACUUUAUUCGGUUUCCAACUACACUUCUUGAGUAUGAGUGUCUGGAACACGCAUAUCAGGCAGAAGCCAUGAUUUGGUUUCAUGGGAUCUUCAUGCUCACAUUCAUUGAUCGUGAUCUCUUCCUGCUCCUGACGAGUGAUGAAUUGACUUCAACUGCCGAGUUCAUAUAUGCAUUGGAUCAUUCCAUCUUGCUGAGAGAGGCCCUUCCUGUCCUUAUGCUCCUCGAUUCCAGCUGUCAUACUAUAUCUGCCGCGACAGCUUUCCUCGUUCUCACCUCGUCUGUGGUCACCUGCCUUGCGCUUAGGGAAUUCGACAGCUCUUUGGAUUCCCACGAGGCUAUGGCUACAAUGCCACCCACACUUCUCGCCUCUGCUGAUCGCCACUUAAGGGCGCUUGAAACGUUUAAGCAGGGCACACGAUUUGACGUGGAACUUAUCAAGCACAUUCAGACAUGCCUAUCCAGUUCUGCCACGUUAGGGAGUCCAGGUUUAUCUUCUGACUACAACAGGACACUGAAUGAAUUGGCGUUCUAUCGAUGGGCGUCAGGGGGGCAUGGCAUUCUUCGGUCACCAAAGCAACCUGUUGUCGAAAGCUCACAGUUCAUGAACCGCUACCCUAUUGAUUCUCGAUUCCUGCAGGAUCGGCAAGCCCGGACAAGUGCGAUCGAAAGAAUUUGUUCGCCCAACGCUCGCAUUUGCCAACCUGGUUGUUUCGAGUUAAGCAUUGAAUUAUUCUGA